AUGGCGCCCUCUGCCGUCGAAAUUCCCCUUCCCAUUCCCAAGUCUUUCUCAACCCCGACGAGCACGCCCCAGCCCGCCGAGAAGGCUGAGCUGAAAUCCCCGUCUUCACCACUUCCUGAGGUCAAGACUUUCGACGCAUCGACAUGUUCAGUGGACGAGUUGGUAUCUGCACUCCGAGCGGCUGGCGGCCUCGUCAUUCGCGGUCUGCUGAAUGAGCAGGAAUUGGCAAGCCUUGAGAAGGACACCCGACCCUGGUUGGACAAGGAUACCGCAUGGGAUGAUGGAGAUUUCUUCCCCCAGGAAACCCGUCGGGCUUUCGGCAUGGUCAGCAAAUCAAGAACCUUCGCCGAACGCAUCGUCGCCAACCCGCUCUGGCUGGGUGUGACAGACGCGUUGUUGACCAGCACUUUGCAAGCGAACUGGAUUGGCGACAAGAAUGAGGUUUCUGUGUCUCGCCCCCAGCUGAACAAUACCAUUGUCUUUAGUAUUGGUCCUGGGGCUCGUGACCAAGCCCUGCACCGUGACGAUGCAAUCCAUCACGUCUACCAUCCAGCCACUGCGACCCACGAGAUAGGCCGCGAUGCAGGUAUCGGCUUCUUUGUCGCAGGAAAGAAGACCACCAAGCGUAACGGCGCCACGCGCUUCAUACCAGGCUCUCACCUCUGGGACUAUGCGGCUGGACCGCCAAGCGAGUCGCAAACUUUCUAUGCCGAGCUCGAACCGGGCGACGGUUUCAUGGUCCUGAGUGGUUGCUUCCACGGUGGCAGCGCGAACAAGACCGAUCAGCCCAACGAAAACGGUGAGGUGGUGCCCGAAGAGCGCCUUGUGUACAGCACGUUCAUGACCAGGGGAUAUCUGAGGCAAGAAGAGAACCAAUAUCUGGUGAACCCGGUAGAGAAGGUCCGCGAACUGCCGGAAUCUCUCCAAGAGCUCGUCGGGUAUGGUCUUUCCAAGCCCUUCUUGGGUUGGGUGGACCUCAAGGAUCCGAUUGACGAGUACUGUCCAAACUGCGACAAUCACUUUGUCAUUGAUGCAGUUACCCCCAAAGCGGCUUUGAAGGUUGAGAGCGAGGACACUCGGGUGGAUGCGAGAAUGAUUAAAGACGAGAGAGUGAAACAGUCAAACGAGCAGUCAAUAUUUGACCUCAAAGGAGGGACGGAGCGAUUGGGUUGA